GUUGCACUUUUGCACCUCAGCAUAGACAAUAAUAUUUUUUUAAUAGCAAAGACUAGCUGUUGUGACUUACCUUGAUCGGAGGGUUAAGGUAAGUCAAAUCAAACAGUUAUUUUACCAAGCUAAAUCUUUUCGUGUUUUUAGUGACUGUUGAAAAUAUUUAAUAUCGUAUAUUUAAAAGUUUCAAUAUAUUUCAUAGUGAUAAUUUGAAAAAUUCGUAACAAGUCUCUCUCUAUUUGAGUCACUUGGUAAAUUUAAGUUGAGUCAAAUAAAGCAAGUAUUUUUUACAAAGUAAAUCCAUUAAUAGUUUGUUACUGUUGAAAAUAUUUAAUGUUAUAUAUUUAUAAAUUACAAAGUAUAAACAAUAAUUCGAAAAAGCUCGUAGCAAAAGUCCCCUAUUCGAGUACCAAGUACCAACAUGCGAAAAUGGGGCGACGCGCUUUUAUUGAUUUUCUAAUAUUUCCGUUCUCACCCCUGCGCGAGUUUUGCCACCGGUGUGUCAAGCUUUAAACGAAAGUGUUAAACAUAGUAAGGCAUAACAUAAGUUACAAAAUGGUAAGUUAUCAGUGCAAAACUUAAGUAGCUUUCUUGUAGGGUAGUUGUAAAAAUGACACGCAUGCAAAUGGAAUUUAAAAACUCUAUGCUCUGCCAAAAUUUUAUUCAAAUACUGCUAGCUUUGAUGAACCAACACAACAGUUUAACAAUAGCCUGAUUUUAAUCAAUCAGUUUCUACGCAAUGUUUAGUUUUUAUAUGUAUUUUUGUGAUAUAAAUCAGGUGUGACUAGAUACUACUCACCUAUGUGGCUAAUUGAAACUGACUAUUCAGUUUUCCUUAUGACUUUCUUUUGCGUGUGAAUAAUGAAAUAUGUUACGCUGCGAAUUUUUUCAUAAUAUUAUAAUUAAAUCAGUAGAUAAUUUAAAACUUUUGGCGAAUCGACUACUUAUGUUAUAGAUAUUAUGUAUUAUACUAUUAAAUGUUAAUGAAUAUUAAAUGUUAACGAAUAAUUUAUAAUUCAGCAAUUAAUUUUCUCUCCAGGAUACGAGUGCCAUGAGCACAUCUGGUCUGCUAGAGUGGGAACUGUCUCUGCCUUCAGACCAAAUUAUUUCACACGCAUGGUACCAUGGCGCUCUCAGUCGAACAGCUGCUGAAAAUUUAUUGCAACAGGAUCGAGAAUUCCUAGUCAGGGAUUCCUCUUCACAACCCGAUAAUUUUGUACUCAGUUGUCGUUCAAAUGGUCAACAUUUACAUUUUGUUAUUCAACGCAUUGUUGUUCAUCCAGAAACAGUUUAUGAACGAUAUCAAUACCAGUUUGAAGACGAAGCCUAUGACACUGUAGCUGAUCUAAUUACUUCUUAUGUUGGGUCAGGAAAACCCAUAUCCGCCGCUUCCGGUGCAAGGAUUCAAUACCCAGCUAACAGAAUGAUGCCUUUGACAUCGUAUAUCACUGGAGAUGAAUCGAAUCCUAUAAUAUCACCAGCCGGAGAAAGCAAUUAUGGCAAUCCAUACAGUCUAUACAGUCAUUUUGCAGCAAAACCAGGAAUGCAACUUAGAGUGCCUUUCAAAAAACAACGCUCACACUCGCUAACACCAAUAGAUAUGACGCAGCAUGUAAAUCAUGGAAAGAGCGCAAGCGCCGAUGGAGUUAUACAGACGAACAAGCAUUUAAAUAAAUUUUCCAGUGAAUCGUGUUCCAAUUCAAAUACUUGGGACGCCAAUCUUCCCACGAGUCCACCGGCUAAACCGGCGAGAUACGAUGGCCCAAAAGCCGACGAGAGGCGUUUAGAAUUACAAAGACUGUACCACGUAUCUGGAUCAGAUUCUGGAAAUGGAUCUGGUGAUUCCACGCAAAGCUCAGCCCACAGUGAUCCCAAUAAAUCAAGAGUAGAGUCGGAUUACAAUUUAAUAACGCCCACAUUAAAACAACAAUUUGAUUACGACUUGACAGAGGCUAAAUUGUUGCAAAUGGAAAACUUAGAUUACACGGUUGAAUCAAGGAUCAAUCUAGAGAACUUCCAAUCGCAAAUAAUUCCGCCAAGCCUAAAUAAACCCUUGGAAUCGGAAACCUUACACACGAUAAAGUUACUUCUGAGAACUUCUGGACCUCGUAUUUUAGCAAAUCAUUUAACGAAAAUUGAUUUGCUUUUUUUGUUAGACGAAGCAGUUCAAAUUGAUGGACUAGACAAAACCGCAUCUGGUUUGGAACUAUGCUUCUUGCCACAAGGAAGAAAUUUGCGUUUAGAUAUUAUAGAACGAAUUGAAACGUUUCGUCUCCUCAUUGCUGUUACCAUUUUAACGUGUCAGACGGAUCGACAAAGGGCUGACAUAAUCAAUGAUUGGAUACUUUUAGCAAUCGAAACAAAAACAGCUUUAGGGAAUUUAUAUGGAUUUUCAGCCAUUAUGUUUGGACUAUGCAUGCCUCAGGUGGAAUGUCUUGAAAAUGCUUGGAAUAUUCUUCGACGAGUUUACACCGACAAUGCAUUUAUGUUCGAAGCAAAAUUACGACCUUGCUUUAAGAGCAUGAAUGAAGGGACAAAUCCUCUUCCUCCCAACACGACCACACCAUAUGUGAUACCGCCUAUUCUAUGCUUCCAUAUAUUCGAUGGAGACGGUGGAGCGCUCUUGCAAGCAGACGACACUUUUCCCGGUAGUCUCAUUAAUAACUUAGAAUUCGAUUUCAACGCAACAGCAGCUCACCUCGAGGCAGCCAGACAUUAUCCUGAUCAAGUGGAAAUGUUCAAGAGAAACGCUCGAACAGUGGUCCAGGAAAUGUCUUCCCUGGGCUCAACUUUGGAUCCCUCUUUACUAGAGCUGUUCCGUACAGAGUUCCAUAUUAAUUUCUUAUGGGGCGAAAGAGGUGCCUUAACUACUCCUAAUCAGAGAUUUGCACGGUUAACUGAUAUAUUGUCUACUAUGGCGACCAAACUGGUCGGCCACGCACCAGAUCCUGAUGAUGUUGUUUAAUUAUUAUCAAAGAUUGCUAAAUAUAUUUAAUAAUGGGCAUCUUAGAGCCAUCUUACAUCUAAGUUGGAUGAAAACUCUUAAAAACGCAAGGAAGAUGCUUCUGAUUUAUUAAGAGCUAUGUUUAGUUAUUAUUGAACAAUUAUAUAGCUACAUUGUAUACUUAGAUUUAAUUUAAUUAAGUAAAUUAGCAUUAUUCAUUCUUUGAUCAAAUGCAAUAAUUUUUGGAGACCUGAAUCUCUAUUUUAACCAAUUUUUUUCUUACACUGCCAACAUAUUGUGACUUAUUUAUUUAACCAAUAGUAAUAAACGCGAUUAUACAGAAUUAAAUAAAUUUUACACAUAAUUGAUAUUAUAAUAAUUAAAUCGUUGAAUAGAAUAGCAGUAUAAGUAACUUUCAUAUUUAUUAUAAUUGACUUCCAAUUGACUGUUUUUUAUUUGAAAAACGAGUAGGUUGUUAUUUGUCAAUAUAGUGGUUAUAUAAGAAACACUCCAUUUACUCAGUAGGUACGAAUUAUAUAUAGAGGAAAACUAAGGAUUAAAAUAUUAUAUACUCCUACUUUUUUAUUGUACCCAUCAGUAGCGAUUAUGAUAAAUUAUUUUUACCGUUUGUUAUACCUUUUUUAUUAAAUAAACGCAGAAAUAUAACAGUAUUAA